AUGGACUUUGAAUUGAAGAGGACAGUACAUGAACGUAAAUGUGGCUCGGUGCGUGAGCAGUACGGUAUCCAGCGUGUUGAGGCCAUGCUGCACACUCUAGACCGUAUCAAUGCUGACCCCCGUAUCCUCCCCAACAUCAGCCUGGGCUGUGAGAUAAGAGACUCCUGCUGGCACUCUGCUGUGGCCCUGGAGCAGAGCAUUGAGUUCAUACGAGACUCCCUGGUGUCCUCCGACGAGGCCGAGGUGGGGGGAGGCAGUGUGUGGGGGGGAGGCGGGGGAGGAGCCGACGGGAGGGGAGGGCCGAGGUGUGCGGACCAUGCUGCAACCCCCAUGCGGGGGAAGAAGCCCAUCGUCGGGCUGAUAGGACCAGGCUCCAGCUCUGUGGCCAUCCAGGUCCAGAACCUCCUACAGCUCUUCAACAUACCCCAGAUCGCCUACUCUGCUACCAGCAUGGACCUCAGUGACAAGAGUUUGUAUAAGUACUUUAUGAGGGUGGUGCCAUCAGAUGCUCAGCAGGCCAGAGCCAUGGUGGACAUUGUCAAGAGAUACAACUGGAGCUACGUCUCUGCCAUCCACACCGAGGGUAACUACGGGGAGAGUGGGAUGGAGGCCUUCAAGGAUAUGGCUGCCAAGGAGGGCAUCUGCAUCGCCCACUCUGGUAAGAUUUGGAGCAACGCGGGGGAGAAGAGUUUUGAUAGGCUGCUGGAGCGUCUCAGAACCCACCUGCCCAAGGCCAGGGUGGUAGCCUGCUUCUGUGAGGGCAUGACAGUCAGGAACAUCCUCAUGGCCAUGAGACGGCAGGGACUGGUGGGGGAGCUCCUACUGGUCGGCAGUGAUGGCUGGGCGGACCGGUACGAUGUGACAGAUGGGUACGUGCGCGAGGCGGCGGGCGGAAUCACCAUCAAGCUGCAGUCAGCUGAUGUGAAGUGGUUUGAUGAGUACUACCUGAAGCUGCGGCCAGACAACAACCUGAGAAACCCCUGGUUCCCUGAGUUCUGGCAACAUCGCUUCCACUGUAAGCUGAAGGGACACCCACAGGAGAGCCUCAAGUACAACCGCACCUGCAGCAAGCGGGAGUCAUUGCGACAGCAGUAUGCCCAGGACACUAAGAUGGGCUUUGUGAUCAAUGCCAUCUACUCCAUGGCCUAUGGGCUCCAUAACAUGCAGCGCUCACUCUGCCCAGGGUACCAGGGGCUGUGUGAUGCCAUGCGACCUAUAGAUGGUGCCACACUGCUGGACUUCCUGAUGAAGACCAACUUCACAGGCGUGUCUGGAGAGGGCAUCCUGUUUGACGAGAACGGAGACUCGCCUGGCCGAUAUGAGAUCAUGAACUUUAAGAAGAUGGGACAGGACUACUAUGACUAUAUUAACGUAGGGAGCUGGGACAACAGUGGGCUGAAGAUCGAUGAUGAUGAAAUCUGGGCCAGCAAGGACACCAUCAUCAAAUCAGUCUGCAGCGAACCCUGUGACAAGGGACAGAUAAAGGUGAUCCGUAAAGGAGAGGUGAGCUGCUGCUGGACCUGCACUCCCUGUAAGGAGAAUGAGUUUGUGUUUGAUGAGUACACCUGCCGAGCCUGUGACCUGGGCUCCUGGCCCACCUUCCACCUCACAGGCUGUGACCCUAUCCCAGUGGAGUACCUGCGUUGGGGGGACCCAGAGCCCAUUGCUGCUGUGGCGUUUGCUUGUUUGGGACUCUGUGCCACAUUCUUCGUCACCUCCGUCUUCAUCAGGUUCCGGGACACUCCGGUGGUGAAGUCGUCCAGCAGAGAGCUUUGUUACAUCAUCCUGGCUGGGAUCUGUCUGGGUUAUCUGUGUACCUUCAGUCUCAUCGCCAAGCCCCACGCUGCACACUGCUACCUACAGAGACUGGGCAUAGGCCUGUCCCCUGCCAUGAGCUACUCUGCCCUGGUCACCAAGACUAACAGUAUAGCCCGUAUGCUGGCUGUGUUGUUGUUGUUGCAGACUAACAGUAUCGCCCGUAUCCUGGCUGUGUUGUUGUUGUUGGAGACUAACAGUAUAGCCCGUAUCCUGGCUGUGUUGUUGUUGCAGACUAACAGUAUAGCUCGUAUCCUGGCUGUGUUGUUGUUGUUGGAGACUAACCGUAUAGCCCGUAUCCUGGCUGUGUUGUUGCAGACUAACCGUAUAGCCCGUAUCCUGGCUGUGUUGUUGCAGACUAACCAUAUAGCCCGUAUCCUGGCUGUGUUGUUGUUGUUGCAGACUAACCGUAUAGCUCGUAUCCUGGCUGUGUUGUUGUUGUUGCAGACUAACCGUAUAGCCCCUAUCCAGGCUGUGUUGUUGUUGCAGACUAACAGUAUAGCCCGUAUCCUGGCUGUGUUGUUGUUGUUGCAGACUAACCGUAUAGCCCCUAUCCAGGCUGUGUUGUUGUUGCAGACUAACAGUAUAGCUUGUAUCCUGGCUGUGUUGUUGUUGCAGACUAACCGUAUAGCCCGUAUCCUGGCUGUGUUGUUGCAGACUAACCGUAUAGCUCGUAUCCUGGCUGUGUUGUUGUUGCAGACUAACCGUAUAGCUUGUAUCCUGGCUGUGUUGUUGUUGCAGACUAACCGUAUAGCCCGUAUCCUGGCUGUGUUGUUGUUGUUGCAGACUAACUGUAUAGCCCGUAUCCAGGCUGUGUUGUUGUUGUUGCAGACUAACUGUAUAGCCCGUAUCCAGGCUGUGUUGUUGUUGCAGACUAACCGUAUAGCCCGUAUCCUGGCUGUGUUGUUGUUGUUGCAGACUAACAGUAUUGCCCGUAUCCUGGCUGUGUUGUUCUUGCAGACUAACCGUAUAGCCCGUAUCCUGGCUGUGUUGUUGUUGUUGUUGCAGACUAACCGUAUAGCUCGUAUCCUGGCUGUGUUGUUGUUGCAGACUAACCGUAUAGCUCGUAUCCUGGCUGUGUUGUUGUUGCAGACUAACCGUAUAGCCCGUAUCCUGGCUGUGUUGUUGUUGUUGCAGACUAACCGUAUAGCUCGUAUCCUGGCUGUGUUGUUGUUGCAGACUAACCGUAUAGCUCGUAUCCUGGCUACUAACCGUAUAGCCCGUAUCCUGGCUGUGUUGUUGCAGACUAACAGUAUAGCCCGUAUCCUGGCUGUGUUGUUGUUGUUGCAGACUAACCGUAUAGCCCGUAUCCUGGCUGUGUUGUUGUUGUUGCAGACUAACCGUAUAGCUCGUAUCCUGGCUGUGUUGUUGUUGUUGCAGACUAACCGUAUAGCCCGUAUCCUGGCUGUGUUGUUGUUGCAGACUAACCUUAUAGCCCGUAUCCUGGCUGUGUUGUUGUUGUUGCAGACUAACCAUAUAGCCCGUAUCCUGGCUGUGUUGUUGUUGUUGCAGACUAACCGUAUAGCCCAUAUCCUUGCUGUGUUGUUGUUGCAGACUAACAGUAUAGCUCGUAUCCUGGCUGUGUUGUUGUUGUUGCAGACUAACCGUAUAGCCCGUAUCCUGGCUGUGUUGUUGCAGACUAACAGUAUAGCUCGUACCCUGGCUGUGUUGUUGUUGCAGACUAACAGUAUAGCUCGUAUCCUGGCUGUGUUGUUGUUGCAGACUAACAGUAUAGCUCGUAUCCUGGCUGUGUUGUUGUUGCAGACUAACAGUAUAGCUCGUAUCCUGGCUGUGUUAUUGUUGUUGCAGACUAACCGUAUAGCUCGUAUCCUGGCUGUGUUGUUGUUGUUGCAGACUAACCGUAUAGCUCGUAUCCUGGCUGUGUUGUUGUUGCAGACUAACCGUAUAGCUCGUAUCCUGGCUGUGUUGUUGUUGCAGACUAACCGUAUAGCUCGUAUCCUGGCUGGCAGUAAGAAGAAGAUCUGUACUAGGAAGCCCAGGUUCAUGUCUGCAUGCGCCCAGCUCAUCAUCGCCUCUCUACUCAUCCUGCUGCAGCUGGGCAUCAUAGUGGCUCUCUUCCUCAUGGAGCCCCCACAGGUAGGCUGUGCCCACUGGGUGAUCCACGACUAUCCCAGCAUCCGGCAGGUCAAUCGCAUCUGUUACACCACCAACCUGGGCGUGGUGGCGCCGCUGGGCUACAACGGCCUGCUGAUCCUGAGCUGCACCUUCUACGCCUUCAAGACGCGCAACGUCCCGGCCAACUUCAACGAGGCCAAGUACAUCGCCUUCACCAUGUACACCACCUGUAUCAUCUGGCUGGCCUUCGUGCCCAUCUACUUCGGUUCCAACUACAAGAUCAUCACCAUGUGCUUCAGCGUCAGCCUCAGUGCCACUGUGGCGCUCUGCUGCCUGUUCGUUCCCAAGGUGUAUAUCAUCCUGGCCAAGCCAGAGCGUAACGUACGCAGUGCUUUCACUACGAGCACGGUUGUACGCAUGCACGUGGGUGAUGGGAAGUCCUCCUCGGCUGCCAGCCGCUCCUCCAGCCUGGUCAACCUCUGGAGACGACGCUGCUCUGCUGGAGAGACACUCAGUUCCAAUGGGAAGUCAGUAUCCUGGGCCCAGACAGAGCGGGGUUCCCGUGGAAACCACCUGUGGCAGCGCCUGUCGUUCCACAUCAAGAGGAAGGAGAACAACCAGACAGCUGUCAUUAAGCCCUUCUCCAAGACCCCCGAGGGGCGCUACAGUGGGGGCGCUGACCUUCACCCCCACAUGCCGUCCCUCCCCCACUCCCACUCCUACCCUGACGCAGACAAGACCCUGUACGAGCUCACAGAGGCAGAGGAGAGAUACGCCGAGGAGAGAUACCCAAUUACCUACCGGCCCCAGACCCCUUCACCAAUCAGUACUGUCAGCCAGCACCUGCAUGGGGCGGGACUAAGGGAGGAGCCGCUUAUGAUGGGUGUACCGACCUCCCUGACCGGGGGUUCUGUCGGCGGGGGCGAUGUGUUUGACAGUUCUCUGAUGGAUCAGAUCAGCUGCGUGGUUAACCGUUUCACUGCCAACAUCAGCGAACUCAACAGCAUGAUGCUCUCCCCGUCUCCCACACACUCACACACAUACUCUCACACACACACCCUGACGCCCUCCCACCCUGCAGACCCCUUCCUCCUCCCCCGGGAGAUCCCCCUCCCCCUCACCAUGACCACAUAUGCUGACGUCCAGCCCCUUCCCCCUGUUGAGUCCUACGUAGGUGGACACGCCGGCCUCACUCACCCCCUGCCUCACCCUCGCCUCCUAACUCACCCUCAGGCCUCCCACUCUCCGGUGCGACACCUCACUGUGGGAGUGGAGUCCCCUCUAAGGAGGGCAGAGCUGGAGGAGGAGCUAAUGAAUUUGACCCCGCCCUCACCCUUCCGUGAUUCGCUGGGGUCAGGAAGUGGCUCCCCGGUCUCAGAGUCCAACCUGUGUCUGCCCCCGCCCUCGUCCCCUCCGCCCAAGUACGAAAUGCUGACCCUGAGAAACUACAGCCAGAGCUCUUCCUCACUGUGAGAGAGAGAUGAGAGGCGAAGAGGAGAAGAGGAGAAGAGUGGAAGGACAGAGAAGGAGAGGGACCCUGGAAAAAACAGUCUCUUGGGGGAGAUAAGGGUGAUGGCUACCUUGUGAUAGUGGGAGGAGAGGAAGAGAGGAUGAGAAGAAGAGAGGAGGAGAGUACGAGACGAGGAGA